CUCAAACUACGACGAACGAUACCUCACUGCAACCACUCCUCCAUUUGCUGUCGUAACUCCUCGUGUUCAGCUAGGCUUAUACGAUAAUGAGGACCAUUUAGUAGAGAAGCUCCGGGCAACAAGUCGAUCUAAUGCUGGAUUUCACGAAGUGGAGGAAGGCCAGAAGGUAGCUCUACUACACCGCUAUAAUGAUCCCGUUCAAUGCCGAGCGUUCUUGACGACCCUACGGGGACCUGCGCAAGAUUGGUUCCAUCAGUUACCUCCAAGAGCCGUCAGGGACUUUAAUGGAUUCAGCUCGAGUUUCUUGAAUCAAUUUGCCAGCGUGAAGGCCCAGGAAAAAUCUUAUCUUACUCUGAUAGGUAUGCAACAGAAGGAGGGAGAGUCAUUGCGAGAUUAUGUGGCGAGGUACACAGGAGCGUGUGUCGAUGUGCCUUCGGCCACUGAGGAAAUUAAAUCGGGUGGACUUACCCGGGGAUUGCUCCCAGGACUGUGCAGAAAAUCUUUGGCAAAGCGACCUGGGAGGACCUUCGACAAGGUCCUAGGGAGGUGCGCCAAAUAUAUGAAUGUGGAGGAAGCAGAGGCUGAUUUCUUGCAGGCGGCAAAGGCAAAAGCCCUCCCCGACCCUCGAGAAGAGAAGAAAGAUAAGAAGCCGAGUUCAGC